ACAAGGAACGAUAGCACGUUUCAAAGAUAACGGCCUAUCCUUAGUACACUCUUGUAAUGGAAUAAUAUUCGUUCAAAGACGAGGGUACAAGAAAAAAUGGGCCAAAAAUGAGGGAAGUAAAGCUUAUACAGAACACGCUUUGAUUCACAUGGAGACAUUCUACAAACCUGUCUUCAAAGAAUUGUGGCCAUCCAUAAGGAUUUCGUUAUUGACAUCAUCAAAGUACUGUGCAUUACUAAAUAAUUAUAACAGUCAAAGGGACUCAGUAGAAAAUGUUCUCAAAGAUUUAGGAGCAUAUGACGCAAUGGAGGAGGCAGCUGUAGCUCACUCGAAUUUCUUAAAGAAAGACAUGCAGCAAGGAAUUGUUGAAAACAGUUCAUUACCACUUGAGACAUUUUUAGAUUUUCCUGAAAGAAUUUCAAAAAGAGAAGUAGAAGACAGUAAAAUUAGUCUAUCAGAUUCAGAAGAGGAAGAUGAAGAAAUUGAGUCUGUAGUAGGGAAAAACACCAGUUUAUAUGACUUCAUUCCUACAAAGAGGGUGUAUUCAGAAAAGGAGAUAUUACACAAACAGAUAGCAGACUCGUCCACAUUUGAUGAAGACUUGUUUGAAGUUCCUGUAAAAGUCAUUCAAGAGCAAACCCCAGAUCUACCAAACCGAAUGAAAUUCUUUGUGUUUGAGAAAGGAAAUGUGUCUAACUUUCCUUCUCCUAAAAUGAAGCGUGGAAAUCUGUUAGGAUACUACUUAAUGGAUGCUGCAUCUCUACUUCCUGUUAUUGCACUGGACAUUCAGGAGAAGGACUCUGUCCUUGACCUUUGUGCAGCUCCUGGGGGGAAAUCUCUGUCUAUGCUACAGACUCUGCAGACAGAGAAUUUGACGUGUAAUGAUGAAUCCUACAGUAGACUCGGCAGACUUAGGGACAUAAUGAAUUGGUAUGUGGGUAAUGUCCCACCCUCAGUGACAAUUUCAAAGAAAGAUGGUAGAUUCUUCAAUGACCCUCUAUAUGAUAAGGUUUUGGUGGAUGUACCCUGUAAUACAGACAGACAUGUCUUAAUCAGCGAAGAUAACAAUUUGUUCAAACCAGGUCGAAUGGAGGAGAGAUUGGCACUACCCACAGAACAAAAAGAACUGCUGGUAGCAGGAAUCCAGUCUUGUAGGGCAGGUGGAACAGUUGUAUAUUCAACAUGUACCCUCUCCCCAGCUCAGAAUGAUGGGGUUAUACAAGCUACAAUGGAGUAUUUGUGGAAAGAAACAGACAUUGAUGCAGUUGUCAUAGACAUGAGCUAUAUUAGGCCAAUAUUCAAAAACAUUUUUUCUUUCUUUCCACAGACAAAGUAUGGACAAUUAAUAAUUCCUACCCUGUCCUCCAAUUUUGGACCCAUGUAUAUUUGCAAAAUAAAACGUUUAAAAUAGU